AUGGCAGCUCUGAGGCUCGCACUCAUACUGUCAACGCUGGCGUGGCGCGCAGCGGCUGCAAACUCCAACGGCCUGUUCAAUGCGCAGCCGUACUGCACCUACGACUGGGCCGACUCGCGGUACAUCACCUUCUACGGCACGGUGACGGCGACAUACUGGUUCGACAGCACAUGCUGCGACCUGCGCUACGGCGGCCAUGAAAACGAAGAUGCGGCAUGCUCUUCUCAGGGGUUUGGCUUCCUGCCGGACAACAACACCUGGCUUUACGUGGGCAAGAACCCUACGUCCUGGGACGACAAUCCGUGGUUCUUCGAACUGUACCACCUCACCUACGACCGCAACUUCAGCUACGUGACGACGGACAGCCUGACGGAGCUGGACUUUGCGAGCAGCGUGCUCGCGUGCUGGGAGGACGACCUUCCGUGCCUGUGGACCGCGUACACGCCGACCUUCAGGGAGGAGCGGCAGCUGGACCUGACCAAGGCGAACGUGUCGCUCGCCAACGGGACGUACAGGGCCAGCGGCGACCAGGGCGCCUGGGCGGGCAACGCCAGCGACGCGUACCAUCCGGGCGUGAGCAUUGCGCGGUCGAGCUGCGACUAUCUGGACGACAACAAGGACCUCCAGAGGACGGUGUCGUUUGUUGAUUUUCAAUGGAAAGACGGCAUCAACUUCACCUACUCCCUCGUCUUCUCAAACACCUCGGCGAGCUUCGAGAUCGCGACGUCGGUAAACGGCAGCAGGCUCGAGCUCAGCUUCGCGGGCGAGAGGCGCGACAACAAGUCGCUGCCCGUCGAGCUCGACACCUCGGACGACGCGUUGCCGCAGUUCAAGUUCAUCAACGGCAGUGCGCUGUGGCCAGAGACUUCGACGUCCACAACGAGCCUGCCAACAGCAACGAGCUCCGGCGGUGGAUCUGCUACCGCAGUCACGACUACGUCUUCGAGCGCGGCUGCGGAACCACAGGCUGGAGGCCCUGUCGGGGCGGGAUCGCUAGUAGGAUCCCUGCUCCUGGCCGUUUUGCAGAUAUUCUUUACUUGA